UUUAAGCUCGGUGGACUGAUCUCGCAUUACUGAACAGGAAACUGUAAAACAUGGGAAGGUUAAAGAGUCCAUCGAUCCUUUGAGACCUUUGAGAUAACAAUCUGCUGCCCAUUAGAAAUGAAUCUGUAACUGGAACAACUCAUUAAUGCUCGCCCCGCCCCCUCCUCGUUUGAAUGUCAGCACUGAUUGGGCACAACUGCGGCACUGACAGUGACCUCACACAGAACCUGAAGGCGACCCAAAGGAUAAAACGCGCGCGGGGCGCAUCACGGCGACAAUAUCCACCCCGCAUCUUCUCCUCAGUAGUUUCAUCUGGACUUUGGGUGAAGAUGCCACGAGGAUUUUUAGUGAAACGGAGUAAACGUGCCUCAUCUGCAUCCUACAAGGUGCGAGCGCAAGAAAAAGAGCCGAGCACGGAGGACCUGCCUACCCAAACUCCAAAUGCAAGUGUGCCGGAUGUGCUGGAACCUAUAACGGAAUCAUGGACAAGUGAUGUAAGUUCUAAACAUCUUCUGGAGGACUCUGGAGGGGUUGUCGGAGAGAGCAUCGAUUACGCACAGAGCUACUUCAGCCAUCCGGAGCAGAGCGCGUCAUCUCCGCGCAACAGCACCGACUCCUACAGCCCGAUCAAACCCAUCAGCACGGAGCUUUUGGACAGGUGUCUCAGCUCACCAGCCAUGGCCGAGUCAUUCCCCUUGGCCACCCCGGUGUCUUCAAUCGAGCGUCUGCUAAUGAACCACUCUGACAUGAAGUUUGGCACACCGGUGCCCUCAUCGGUGCCCACCUACCCUGCCUUUCACCAGUGCGUAAAACGCGCGUUCAUGGACUCGGAGCGCAAAAGCAAACCACCCAAAAAGCCUAAAGUCAUCAGAAAGCUCAAUUUUGAAGACGAAGUCACCACCUCACCGGUCCUCGGGCUUAAAAUCAAAAAAGAAAGCCCCGAGACAAAACUAGCACCGCAAAGUGGUAGAAAAAAACCGCUCGGUGAGUUCAUCUGCCAGCUUUGUAAGGAAGAAUACCCUGAUCCGUUUUCUCUAGCCCAGCACAAGUGCUCCAGGAUCGUCCGGGUUGAGUACCGCUGUCCGGAGUGCGACAAAGUUUUCAGCUGUCCUGCCAACCUCGCGUCCCAUCGCAGAUGGCACAAACCUCGCAACCUGAGCACCGGAGACGCGAAGAAAUCUCCGCUGGAGGCGCGCAACCACGAGAAGACCUCAGUGGAGGGGAAGGAGAACGCCAGCAAGCUGAGACUGAACAAUCAGCACCAGCUGAGUCCGGACAGCUCCCAACAGCACAGAUCAGCACCGGACAGCAACAUGAUGCACAGGGGAUCCCAAGACACUCCUAUGGACCAAAGGUUCACGUCUUCGGAGAAAUGCUUUGAGAUGCGUAUCGGCUCCGCGGACAGCUCGAGGUUGUUCGAUCACUGCCCCGAGGAGCCCGACAGAUCCAGCACCCCCUACCUGCCCUCGUCCAGUCCGGAAGAAGUGUUUGAGUGCCACUACUGCAGCAAGAAGUUCCGCAGGCAAGCCUACCUGAGGAAACACCUGGCCGCGCACGAGACGAUCAAAGCAUCCUCAUACGCUCACAUUGAAAGCGGACAGAUCACUUUCCCGUGUCACCUGUGCGGAGCGCACUUCCCCUCCGCGGAGAUCAGGGACAAACACCGACUCUGGCACGCGGUCAGAGAUGACUUACUGCUCAGACCUGAUCUGAGUCCUGGAGAACAGCAGAUAUACUCAUGCAAACACUGUCCCUCCACGUUCUUCAGUUCUCCGGGUUUGACCAGACACAUCAACAAGACUCAUCCCACAGAGAACAGACAGGUGAUGCUCUUACAGAUGGCCGUCAGGCCGGGAUGCUGAUCUCACAAACACUUCAGAUUGAGUCUAACGGCUCGUUGUUGAUAUUAUCACUAAUAAUUCGUCCAGUGUCUUUAUGUGGGAAUAUCGAACUUGCAGAUUUUCUUUGUCGACAGCAGAAACAGUUUAUGUAACCUUUGAUAAUCUUGGGUAUCACUUUAUAACUUCCAAUAGUACAGCAAGUUAUUAACAGACAUUACAUACAGGGUUCCUUCAUUUUUGAGCAUGAAUUUUCCAGUUGAUACACUCUCUCUCUAUAUAUGCAUGUGUGAGUGUGUGUGUAUAUACACACACACACACACAAAUACAUAUAUAGUCAAUUAAAUCAAGAGAUGAGAACUAUAUUAACUAUAGAAAUAGUUAACAUUAACUAUAGAAAUUUCUCACAGCUUUUAUUAUUUUAAAACUUAAUUACAAAAAAAUUAAAUGUAUCAGAACGGAGAAUAACAAGAAAUAUAGAUGUUAAAUACUUAAAAUUCUAAUGACUUUUUUUACAUUUUAAAAUAAAUUUUAAUUUUAAUAAUUUCUUAAUGUUUGUAACUUCUCCGGGCCUGGAAAUCUCAGUUCUUUGAAAUUUUCAGAUAUUUCCAUGACAACGUGAACCCAGUAUAUAAUACUUUGCUCAUAUACAUUUAAAUUUGAUUAUAACCAUUUUCAGGCUUGACUCAUAUCUAUAUAAAUUAUUAUUGAAGGUUAUAAACUGUUACUCAUUAAAGGUACUUAAUUUAUUUCAUGUUUAUAGCGGGAAAACAUUAUAUCUAUUAGGCUUGAGACUCAAGGCUCACAGCAGGUUUUUCAUUAAUAUGUCCUUAUAAUAUGGAGAAAGUGAAUUAAUAUAUUUUGUGUCUCAUUGUAAAAGUAGCUCCCAUGGAAAGCUUACGUAAUCUCAAUCGUUUUAGAAGGUGCUUUGAUUUCUAGAUCAUAAAUGAAGGUACUGUACAUUUCAUUAUAUUUUGAUUGACAACAGUAGCUGCAAAAAAAGUGUAUUUAUAUCAUAACUACCAGGAAAUGCCAUAGCAUACAUCAAGACUAUUAGAGGCCGACAUGUAAUAAAUCACAAGUGUCAUAUUUAUAUUUUCAUAUGUAGUCAUUUUCAGCUGUUACGGGGGAAUUGAAGAGGUCAAUAAAUCAAACUGUCUUCAAAUAUCCUUUUAAAUGUAGCAUGUGUGUUAUUUACACAAAUCCACCGGAGCUGCUGCUUAAAACUGAAAAACAGAAAUCAGUGCACUUACAAGAAAUCAUAAAUGGUGAAACAUUUGAUGCACCCAGUAACUGCACAGGAUUUGCUAUGUUGUAAGAAUACUUUUAUUCUUAAGUGUAGUUGCACAUCCACUCUCCUUCGACAUCCGAUACAAAUGUAUAGAGAUACUAGCAUAUGACAUUAUUGUGGAUCUGUGCGUGUGUGCUUGUGUGUUGUGCAGCUGUUAUAUCAACACAUGCAGUUAGUACUGGAAUCAUGCAGCAUUUGGUCAGUAGUAACAUACACAAAAUCUACCCAUGAGGAUGUUUUUUUUCCUCUUGAAAUUACGCACAGGUCUCAGUUGCUUGUGUGCAGGACUUUAAUAUACACGUUAUAAUUUCAAUCCAGAAGGGUGCUGCAUGAUUUCCACAAAUUGUUUUUUUUUUCUGAUAAAUUUCUAAAUGAUUUCAAAUUAAAAAGAAAAAUAAAAUCUGACCCUCAUGAAGUCUCACAUAGCUUUCAAGAAAAUAUACAAACUGGAUUUUAUCUUAAACAUGGCAACAGUUAUAACUUGCAUCCGUAGUCUACAGGGCCAGAUACCCUUAUAUCCCUUAAACGUUCAAAAAUUAAACGGAAAAGUGCAGACCAAAGCUAGUGUCAAUGUUUUUUGUACACUUCCACAUCUACACAUUUAGAAAAAAAAAGGCUGUUCAAAUGUCUCAUGCCGUCCACUGUUGAACUAGCUCGAAAAAGUCCUGAAGCGGGUAGUUCGGUUCAAUUUGGCAACGUCGCCAUCUCCUUGCAAGACUCCUUAAUGUGGCAACUCAUUCACACUUUCCUUAAAAAUCCCAUCUAAGAUGAAAUGAAUCAAAAAGAGCGUUGCAGUCAAAUGAUUUAUGCUGAUAAACCUGCAUGAGCUCGUCUCUAAGGCUGCUGUGCAACGAAACAAAACGACGGGACCGAGUCCAGCAAAAAUCUAGCCAUACAGACAGACAUUCAAGCUGAAGACUUGUUCUUUGACUUGUUCUAAGUGGCCUUUUGACUUUUUUUUUUUGGUUGAUUUAAAUACUGUUAAAUAUGUACACAGAUCAGAUACUGUUCAUACACUAUACACAUACAUUAAAUAUGUAUAUAUUUUAUAUUUAUAGAUAUAUACACGCACAAAUAACCGUUACAAAUGACAAAGGGGCAGUUCAUUCAUGAACAUGAAAAAAAAAAUCUGUAACAUUCUAAUGAAGAGAAAACU